UUCAUUAUUCAAACCUACCCACUUCGAUAUCGAUUAUCGAAGUGGGUGUUUCAAAUUCUCACCUGAUUAUGAGUCAUUUUUGAAAAAGAUUGUUUCUUCACUCAUUCCUCACAUUCGUAACUCUUUCGAGAUUUCUGGGUCCAAACCAAUCGCAGUGGAGUUCUUAUGAUUUGGGUUUUCUGGUCUUGUAUUCAGCUUUCUUGAUUUUGCUGGGAUUAUUAAUCUUUCCCCCCAAGUUCUGGAAAAAGGUUGAGUUUUUGAAUCUAACCAUGGUUAGUGUGAAGGAGUUUCUGGCAAACAAGACUGUGGUAGGUCUCUUGUUGGGACAAAUUCUCUCUCUCCUCAUCACUUCCACUGGAUUUUCAUCAUCUGAGCUUGCUAGAAGAGGAAUCAAUGCACCUACUUCACAGUCUUUAGCAAACUAUGUGAUGUUGGCGGUAGUUUAUGGAGGAAUUCUAAUACACAGGGGGCGUGGGCUUAAGGCCAAAUGGUAUUAUUAUCUACUUCUUGGACUUGUAGAUGUAGAGGCAAAUUAUCUUGUGGUGAAGGCAUAUCAGUACACAUCAAUAACGAGUAUAAUGUUGCUCGAUUGUUGGUCAAUCCCUUCUGUCAUACUGCUCACUUGGCUCUUCCUAAAGACAAAAUACAGGUUCAAGAAAAUUGCCGGUGUUGCCAUUUGUGUUGCUGGUCUUGUGCUCGUUAUUUUUUCAGAUGUUCAUGCAGCAGACAGGUCACAAAAUGGGAGCAGCCCUAUUAAAGGGGACUUCCUGGUGGUUGCCGGGGCUACGCUGUAUGCUGUCAGCAACGUCAGUGAGGAGUUCUUUGUGACAACUGCAGACAGGAUUGAACUCAUGGCAAUGUUGGGAUUCUUUGGUGCUAUUGUCAGUGGUAUUCAAAUAACCAUACUUGAGCGAGAGGAACUCAAAUCUAUCCACUGGUCAUCAGGAGCAUUGCUUCCUUAUACCGGAUUUGCAGCAGCAAUGUUUCUAUUUUAUUCGGGCGUGCCCGUUCUGCUGAAGAUGAGCGGCUCUACGAUGCUAAAUCUGUCUUUGCUGACGUCUGACAUGUGGUCGGUCUUGAUCCGUAUAUUUGCAUACCAUGAAAAGGUCGAUUGGAUGUAUUUCGUAGCUUUUGCUGCUGUCGCUGUAGGGCUCGUUGUUUAUUCAGGGUUCGAUAAAGAAACCCGUUCAGAGGUUGCAGAUGGAACAGAACAAAGCAAAUAUUUAGAUGAGGAAGCCGGUGUCACGAGCUCAAGUAAACCAAACGUAGCGUCUAGUAGCAGUAACAAGCAUGAGUUUGCUUCGACCAGCAAAACAAACACCGAAAGCAGCAUUUACAAAGGAAAAGAUUCGCCGAUCAAGAAGAUUUGAUCUCGGAGAUGAUUUUUACAGGAAGAAAAGAGAAGUAAUUUAUGAUGAACAUGUAGUGCAAAUUGCAUGAAAGUAUGUUGAAAGUGGCCUCAAGGAUGCCACUGUUUGAUUUUUGCUGAAGCUUUUUUACUGUUACCAAUAGCAUUUCAUAGUCUAGGAGUGGAGUUUGUAUGCUACUUUGAGUUUUUUUUUAUACCAACCAAUUAUAAUUGAUAUGUAAAAUCAUAUAUUAUGCACCAAGUUACCAACUAACUGCAACUGAUACCAUCUUUUUCGGGUUGAUACUGGUUUUGUAUCAAUUUCAAGUUACAUAUAUUAAAACUUGCAA